UUUAGAUUUACUUUAUAUUUUUAACUUAUUAUGGGCCAAGAAGAUGACGUCCACUCUGCGAUUGCCCACGUCGUGCUAUCCUGCGUCGCUGCAAGGGGAACCACUUAUCGAUACAACAGUUACACACAUCCGGGAAUGCACGUUAAUCUCUUUGUGCACGGUGUGGUAGGAUUCCUACAUUAUCAAAGUGGCAAGUUCAACAAUGAUUUCGGUCCAGCAUAUCUUUUGAGCUACAAAGCCUCCAAAUAUCUUCCCCUGCCGUGUCUAAUGGCAGAUUUGUACCGAGGGAAUAGUGCGAUGUGCUCUUUGCAUUUGGCUUCGGGACUUUUGCCGUUCACGUUGGCAAUCACGCAACAGGAUAACCCUGAAUUGGGGAAUUUAUUAAUUGCUUGCAACAUUGUGUCACUAUGUUACUAUUCUUUCGAACAUGGUUAUGUUUGGGGUUGGUAUACAGCGGGUGCUGCGAUUUUCGCUUAUUUUUUGGCGCCGCAAAUGGUUCAACCUCAUAAAGUCAUAUAUCCGUUAGGACUAGCGUUAAUGGAGUACUGUGCAUACAGGAUGUUCAGCGUUCGUAUUGACAAUCCUCCUCGAUAGAUUUGUACGU